UCAGAAUUAUAUCGAAUGGAUUAGACGAUGGAGAAGCCCAAUUACUUUCAGUCGUAUAAUAAGGUGAUAGGAGCAACCGGAGAGCAAUUGGCUCCCGGAGCAGUACCUCCACAUCCUGUACUUGCACCAUCAAUUGCUCCUGGAGGAGUUGCUGGAGUAUCGGCAGCAAACAUGGCCAACAUUAUGCAGACUCCUGGUUUCGCGAAUCUCGUUCAGCAGGCUAUUCGAACGCAACUCGAAAAUCAAGCGGCACAGCAGUUAGCAGUCAACCAGCAAUUUCAAUUAAAUGGAGCAACUGCUGUACAACAACAACUUCUUUUGACACCUCAACAGUCACUUGCUCAACCAAUUGCUCUUGCACCACAACCUACUGUCGUUUUAAAUGGAGUCAGUGAAACAUUAAAAAAAGUCACUGAAUUGGCUCAUCGGCAGUUUCAAUCAGGAAAUUAUGUGGAAGCAGAGAAAUAUUGCAAUUUGGUUUUUCAAAGUGACCCAAAUAACUUGCCAACGCUAUUGCUCCUCUCAGCCAUCAAUUUCCAAACUAAAAAUUUGGAAAAAUCAAUGCAAUAUUCAAUGUUAGCCAUCAAAGUCAAUAAUCAGUGUGCAGAAGCCUACAGUAACCUUGGAAAUUACUAUAAAGAGAAAGGACAACUACAGGAUGCACUUGAAAACUACAAACUAGCUGUUAAACUCAAGCCAGAAUUCAUUGAUGCUUAUAUCAAUUUAGCCGCAGCUUUGGUGUCUGGUGGUGAUUUGGAGCAAGCUGUCACAGCAUAUUUCAAUGCUUUACAAAUUAAUCCUGAUUUGUAUUGUGUCAGAAGUGAUCUUGGAAACUUACUAAAAGCAAUGGGAAGACUUGAAGAAGCGAAGGUUUGUUACUUGAAAGCAAUCGAAACUCAACCACAGUUCGCUGUCGCAUGGUCCAAUCUUGGAUGUGUAUUCAAUAGUCAAGGAGAAAUUUGGUUGGCAAUUCAUCAUUUCGAGAAAGCUGUUACUUUGGAUCCAAACUUCCUCGACGCUUAUAUAAAUCUUGGAAAUGUUCUGAAAGAGGCCAGGAUUUUCGAUAGAGCGGUUUCAGCUUAUCUCCGAGCCUUGAAUCUGUCUGGUAAUCAUGCAGUUGUUCAUGGGAAUUUGGCAUGUGUGUACUACGAACAGGGACUUAUUGAUUUGGCCAUUGACACUUACAAAAAGGCUAUCGACUUACAACCACACUUCCCUGAUGCCUACUGUAAUCUUGCAAAUGCAUUAAAAGAAAAAGGAAGUGUUGUAGAAGCUGAGCAGAUGUACAUGAAAGCUUUGGAGCUCUGCCCAACCCACGCGGAUUCCCAAAACAAUCUUGCCAAUAUCAAAAGAGAACAAGGAAAGAUCGAAGAUGCCACUCGACUAUAUUUGAAAGCUCUCGAAAUCUAUCCGGAAUUUGCUGCAGCUCAUUCGAAUCUUGCAUCCAUACUACAACAACAAGGAAAACUAAACGACGCCAUACUCCACUACAAAGAAGCUAUUCGAAUUGCUCCGACGUUUGCUGAUGCCUAUUCAAAUAUGGGAAAUACUUUGAAAGAAAUGGGUGACAGCUCGGCAGCAAUCGCAUGUUACAAUCGUGCUAUUCAAAUUAAUCCAGCAUUUGCCGAUGCUCAUUCGAAUCUUGCCAGCAUACACAAGGAUGCUGGAAAUAUGGCAGAAGCUAUUCAAAGUUAUUCGACAGCUCUCAAGCUGAAACCAGAUUUCCCGGAUGCAUACUGUAAUCUUGCACACUGUCAUCAAAUAAUUUGUGAUUGGAAUGAUUAUGAUAAACGAGUACGGAAAUUGGUACAAAUUGUGGAAGAUCAGCUUUGCAAGAAACGUCUUCCAUCGGUUCAUCCACAUCACAGUAUGCUUUAUCCACUUUCACAUGCGGCUCGGAUUGCAAUUGCUGCAAAGCAUGCAUCGUUGUGCUUCGAUAAGGUUCAUGUUCAAAUGCUUGGAAAGACACCACUCAUCCACGCUGAUCGAUUCAGUGUUCAAAAUGGACAGCGCCUCCGGAUUGGCUACGUCUCCUCUGAUUUCGGAAAUCAUCCAACAUCUCAUCUAAUGCAAUCAAUUCCUGGAAUGCAUGAUAGGAGUCGAGUAGAAGUAUUCUGUUAUGCACUUUCUGUGAAUGAUGGAACCAAUUUCCGAUCGAAACUUAUGAAUGAAUCCGAACAUUUUGUGGAUCUUUCGCAGAUUCCAUGCAAUGGAAAAGCUGCUGAGAAAAUCGCCCAAGAUGGAAUCCACAUUCUCAUUAACAUGAAUGGAUAUACAAAAGGAGCAAGAAAUGAGAUUUUUGCACUCCGACCUGCUCCGAUUCAAGUCAUGUGGCUUGGAUAUCCAUCAACAUCUGGAGCUACAUUCAUGGAUUAUAUCAUCACUGAUGCUGUCACAUCACCUCUUCGGCUUGCAAAUGCAUUUACAGAGAAGCUCGCAUAUAUGCCACAUACAUUCUUCAUUGGAGAUCACGCUCAAAUGUUGAGACAUUUGACUGAUAAGGUUGUUGUAAAGGAUAAGGAAACAACAGAAAGAGAUUCAUGUCUUAUCAUGAAUACAGCGAAUAUGGAUCCGAUUCUUGCAAAAUCUGAAAUCAAAGAACAAGUUCUGGAUACAGAAGUAGUAAGUGGACCCAACAAGGAACUUGUCCGCGCAGAAAUGGUUUUACCAGUCCUUGAAGUUCCAACUGAGCCAAUCAAGCAAAUGAUCAUGACAGGACAAAUGACAAUGAAUGUAAUGGAAGAUAUGAAUGUUCAGAAUGGUCUCGGACAGUCUCAAAUGCAUCACAAAGCAGCCACUGGCGAAGAAAUUCCAAACUCUGUUCUUCUAACUUCCCGUGCUCAAUAUCAACUUCCUGAUGAUGCUAUUGUGUUUUGCAAUUUCAAUCAGCUUUACAAAAUUGAUCCAUCGACUCUCGACAUGUGGAUCAAAAUUCUCGAGAAUGUUCCGAAAUCAAUUCUUUGGCUUCUGAGAUUCCCGUAUCAAGGAGAAGAACAUAUUCGAAAGUAUUGUGUAGAGAGAGGAUUAGAUCCAUCAAGAAUUGUGUUCAGCAAUGUUGCCGCUAAAGAAGAGCAUGUUCGUCGAGGACAACUGGCUGAUGUUUGUCUAGAUACUCCAUUAUGUAAUGGACAUACAACUGGUAUGGAUAUCCUGUGGACAGGAACACCAAUGGUCACAAUGCCUUUGGAAUCAUUGGCUUCUCGUGUGGCAACCUCCCAGCUUUACGCUCUCGGAGUUCCAGAAUUAGUUGCUAAAACAAGGCAGGAAUAUGUUUCAAUUGCAGUUCGACUUGGAACUGACGCUGAUCACUUGGCGAACAUGCGUGCAAAAGUAUGGAUGGCUCGUACCUCAUCAACAUUAUUCGAUGUGAAACAGUAUUGUCAUGAUAUGGAAGAUCUUUUGGGACAAAUGUGGAAACGAUAUGAAAGUGGAAUGCCCAUUGAUCAUAUCACUAAUAAUACGGAAACGCCACACGGCUUGUGAAUAGAUUUUCGAAGGAUUUUUAAAAAAUUGUAUAUUUUGUAUAAUUUUCACAAAUGAUUCAAUGCAUUUCAUUUCUCUUCAAGAUUUUCCAUAUUGGAAACCAAAUGAUUUUUUUGCUCAUUUCUUUCUUUCUUUGCGUAUUACUCCUCAGUGCUCUUUCUACAAUAUCUCGCUCCAAAUCCCCUUCUCCACCGUUCCUCAUAAUCUCCAUUGGGUAAAUUCUUUGUGAUUUCAUUUUGUACGAAGAAUUUUCAAUUUUCCCAUCCAUCGUCCUAUAGACGUUCUUAUCAAAGACAUAAGAUCCGUGGUUCUUGUUUUGUGGAUCUCUUCAUCACUCUAAUCACUCUUAAGAAUUUUAUUCCUCCCUCCGUAGUUUUUCUUUUCUAAUUUAUUUUUGUUCUAUAAACUGAAGAAAGAAAAACGUGCCAUUCAUUUUCCUUUCUCGUGUUUAAUUUUUAGUAGAAUUUUAAGUUUUAAGAUCCCCUUUGUUAAACCAUAUUGGUUUCCCUUUCCCGUUUACUCUUUAGUUUUCUUGAAAUAUUCGGUUUUGUAUGCAACUUGAUCACUUACUCAAUUCCUUCUUUUUCUUGAUUUUGCUUUCCCGUUUUAAUAAAUUUCUAAAAACAU